UGACAAAAGUCCAAAUGACAUUCAUGUUUUUUUCUGUUUUCAUUUUUUAUUGCAGUUCCAAUUAAAGAAGCUCUAAUGGAAGAGGUCUGCCCACGUUUUCCUGAGCCGGUCCUCCUCAAACACCCCAUCCCAUCUCUGAGGAAGGCCUUGGAAAAGAUCGAUGGGCUCCUGAGGUCCAGCAUUGACAGCACCUCAUUGCCAGCUAUAUCGGCCAUUGUGGUUUUAAACAACUCCGUUUUGUGGAACGGACAUUUUGGCAAGAAGAACUUCAGCGACCCGUCCUCACUUCCACCCAACGAACACACAGUCUACAGGAUUGCAAGUCUGUCUAAGAUCUUCCCCACACUGAUGCUGUAUAAACUGUGGCAGGACGGUCUGGUGGACUCUUUAGAUGACCCUCUGGAGAAAUAUGCAAUCAACUUCACAAUAAAGAACCCGCUGGGGAACAGCCGGAGGCCAGCUUCCUCUUCAGCCAGGACACCCAGGAACCACUUGCCUGCAGUCACCCUGCGCAGGAUGGCUAGUCAGCUCUCGGGUUUACCCAGAAGAUUACGUUCAACUGAUCUUCUUUGGAAUGGAGAUACACAAGCGGCUCUGAAUCUGUUACGGGAUGAUGUCCUUGUGGUCGAUCCAGGCACCAAAUGCCACUACAGCAACGUUGCCUUUUCCUUGCUUGCGGACAUCCUGGGACAAGCCGUGGCUGGCUCCGACUAUGAGAGCUGGGUUUCAGACAACAUUUUAAAGCCUCUCCGAAUGUCCAACACCGGCUUUAACGUGACUUCUGAUGUUCAGAAGCAGAUGGCUGUGGGUGUAUAUGGCAACGGCCAGCCAGCUCCCCUUUACGACCUGGGAUGGUACCGGCCGGCAGGUCAGAUGUUUUCCACAGCGGCUGACAUGGCUAAGUUGAUGAUGGCUCUUCUGGGUGCAAAUGGUAGGAACCUCCUCUCCCAGGACACGCUGAACAUCAUGCUGAAUCCAGUGGUCAAGUGCCAGAGCAGUUACUUUGCCAAAUCCACUGGCACACCGUGGGAGAUCAAUGAGCAGCUGGGCUAUGAUGUGGUGAGGAAGGAUGGCGAUAUGGAUGGAUUUUCUGCUACCCUCUCUCUGGUGCCACGACUCAAGCUGGGACUGGUGGUCCUGAUGGCAGGAGUACGGCCUGCAGACAAGGUCAUAGUACACCUUGCUAAUGGGUAUCUCAUUCCUGCGUUAGAGAGGGCUUUCAGGGAGGCUCAACAAACAUUCAGACCUCCACCUGACCCAGCUCCAUAUACAGGCUUCUACACUUACAGGAACAUGACUUUCUAUGAGAUACAGACAGAUUCCUCUGGGGUUCUGGUCAUGAAGCAGCUCAGACCAUCCACAGACAAAACUGGAUCUUACUCCUACAAAACCACCAAGCUGGAUUACCUUCAGCGCAGGGUGUUCAGGGUGGUGUUUGAGAGCCCGUACCCUUGCAACAUGAAGGCCAACAACGCCUCAGCUUCCAUGGAGGCUCAGGACAGACAACUUCUCAACUUCUACCGUUUCAACAAGCAAGGGGUGUCUCCAGGAUUCGACUCUCCAGGUCUCAACACUUACAGGGUGACUAGAAUAGCUGGAAGACCACACUUCACUUAAUGGAGAGUUUUAACCCUAAAUCAAAAUUAAAAAGGGAUUAGACAUACACAACAGACUGUCGAUUAAAAACAAACAACAACAAAAAAACGCUGAGGUUGGAGCAGAAA